CAUGGCAGUGUGUGAAGGAUAGAGGACGUUGAAGUUGAAGCGGGAAGGAAUGGCAAUUCCCAUAAUGAAGGCUGCAAUGAUUUCUCAUUCUCAUUCUCAAUUUCAAUCUCAACCACUCAUUCAUUCUAUAUCUGCUAUUGAUGAAACUGCUAAGAGGAGGAAAAGGGUAGUGUUCUCUUCUUCUCAUUCUUCAGAACUUAAUCCUGUAAUUAGGUCAGAGGUAUCAUUUUCUGUUGGGACUUACCUUAUUCCACAUCCAAAAAAGGUGGACAGAGGUGGGGAAGAUGCUUUCUUUGUGAGCAACUAUAAUGGGGGAGUUAUUUCUGUAGCUGAUGGUGUCUCAGGCUGGGCUGAAGAGGAUGUAGAUCCUUCAUUGUUCCCACGUGAAUUGAUGGCCAAUGCUUACAAUUUUGUAGGAGAUGAGGAGCAGGUGAACAAUGAUCCUCAGAUUCUUAUGAGGAAAGCACAUGCUGCUACUUUCUCUACAGGCUCAGCUACUGUCAUCAUUGCUAUGUUGGAAAAGAAUGGGAAUCUGAAGAUUGCCAAUGUUGGAGAUUGUGGAUUAAGAGUUAUCCGGAAUGGUCGUCAAAUCUUUUCCACAUCUCCACAAGAACAUUACUUUGACUGUCCAUUCCAACUGAGCUCUGAGAGGGUUGGCCAAACAUACCUUGAUGCAGCGGUAAGCAAUGUGGAGUUGAUGGAAGGAGACACAAUUGUCAUGGGAUCUGAUGGACUUUUUGAUAAUGUUUUUGACCAUGAAAUUGUUCAAACCAUUGCUGGAUAUAAAGAUGUUUCUGAGGCUGCAAAGGCAUUAGCUAACUUGGCAAGCAGUCAUGCAAUGGAUUCAAAUUUUGACUCUCCCUAUUCAUUGGAGGCCAGGUCCAAGGGUUUUGAAGCUCCAUUGUGGAAGAAAAUUCUUGGAAUGAAGCUGACAGGAGGAAAGCUUGAUGAUAUUACUGUAAUUGUUGGUCAGGUUGUAAGUUCAUGAGAUUUACUAAUCUCAAUGAUUGAUUAUGCUUAAAGAAAACCAAGGUCCUGAUUGAUGAGAUCACCAGACCAGGAGUUGCCUUAAGUAUAUAGUGGCAAUAAAUUUUGGUGAUGCUCUUAGAAAAAAUUAUGAUUUUUUAAUGGAAGUACUCAUGCUUUGCCAUGAAGCUUGUAGUGCUUCGUGCAUAGAGAAAAGAAGCUGUAUAAAAUAUUUAUUGAAAGUUAGUUUCUUGUUUAUUAAAUGUCAUACAUAAAAUUUGUCUUUGAUAUGGCGGAGAA